UGCGCCUCAGAUCAUUGAGUGAUAGUCGCUCAAUAUCUUCGCACCAAAACAGCUUAGCGAUAACAGCAUUGUUGUUGUGUGCCAAGAGUGACAAUAUUCAAGGAAAAUGAAGUCUAUUAUCAUAUGUUUGGCAUUAUUCCUUGCAGUUCAUGAAUCUGCAGCACAAAUAAAACUUUCAUUUUUGAACUUUAAUGAUUUUCACGCACGAUUCGCACCUAUCACCAUCGAUGGUGGCGAUUGCAAGCCAGGAGACAAUGAACUAGGUUUGUGCUAUGGUGGAAUUGCUAGGCUGUAUACUGCGAUGAUGGAGCGGCGCAACACGAUGACAAACCCAAUUCUCCUGAACGCCGGAGACAACUUCCAAGGAACACUGCUAUAUACUUUGUUCAGAUGGAACAUUACUUUGGAAUUCAUGAGGCAGUUCAAUUUUGAUGCAUCUGCUCUUGGCAAUCAUGAAUUUGAUCACGGAUUGGCGGGUAUCGUUCCUUACAUAGAAGGCCUUGGCAGCCCCGUCGUUGCUGCUAAUAUUGAUGCAUCACAGGAGCCAUCAAUCGAUGGAAAAUUUGUCCCCUCUGUGACUAUUGAGAGGGAAGGCACAAAAAUUGGCAUCAUCGGCUGCAUCACUCCCUUCACUUCGAGCAUGUCCAGCUCUGGAAACCUCCAAUUUCUCGAUGAGAUUCAACCAGUGACCGCAGAAGCGCAGCGACUGAAGGCUAGCGGAGUGGAAAUUAUCGUCUUGUUAAGCCACAGCGGAUAUGAUCGUGAUAUAAAUAUGGCAAAUCAGAUUCCGGAAUUGGACAUAAUUGUUGGGUCCCACUCUCACACUUUCCUGUACACUGGCACACCUCCGUCCAACGAAACGCCAGAAGGGGAAUACCCCACAGUCGUGACUCAAGCCGCUGGACACAAGUGUUUGAUUGUGCAAGCCAAGGCCUUUAGCAAAUACCUUGGAGUUUUGGAGGUGGACUUUGACGCCGCAGGUGAAGUCCUAUCAUGGACGGGAAAUCCGGUGCUUUUAGACGCCUCUGUAGCUGAAGAUCCGACUCUGGUGACCAUGUUGAAACCAUGGGUGCAAGAAGCGAGCAUAAUUGGAGAUGAAGUUUUGGGUUCAACUGCGGUCUAUCUGGAAUCAACUACUUGCUACGAUGGCGAAUGCACCAUGGGAAGUUUCUUGGCUGAUGCUAUGAUUUACGAGCACACUGAAGUCGUUGAUGAUGAUGGAUGGACCAAUGCCGCGAUUGCAAUUAUGAAUCCUGGUGGCAUUCGAGGUCCAAUGGGUGAAAGCUCGACCAUCACUGUGAAUGACUUGUUCACUGCUCAACCAUUCCAAAACACAAUCGACACAAUUGAACUGCAAGGAAAGGAUAUUCUUGAAUUGAUGGAACUGGCUGCCAGUCGCCCUCCGUUCAAGAGUUGGCGCUCAUCAAGGUUUAGCGAAGGCAGAGGCUGCUUCCAGGUCGCGGGUAUUCAUUCUACAUACAACUUGAAUAACCCAGCUGGAUCCCGUCUAAUUGAUCUAAAAUUGAGGUGUGCAAGAUGUCGCAUCCCUGAAUAUCUUCCAGUUGAGUUGGAAACAUGGUAUGUAGUUGCCAUGCCAUCAUUCCUCUCUGGUGGUAGCAGCUUCCCCCUCAUUGCUGAACGAGGAAGAAACAAGAUCGUUGGGCGAGUUGAUGUUGAAGUUUUCGCCGACUACAUCAAAAGCCAAAGUCCCAUAAUAACAGCUAUAGAAGGAAGAACUACCGUGGUUUAAGUGAUUAUUUGAGUAAACUAUUGUAUGUAGAUAAGAUUAAAUUAGCAAGGUCCCUGGCGCAGGAUGCUUACUAAUCAAUUAAACUUUAUCUGCACACUUGAUCACUCCUUACAAUA